GAUAAAAGUAUACAAACAUUUAUACGCCUCCUCGAUGCCAUGUUUAACAUAAGCAUGGAUCAAUACUUCCAUCUUAUGAACGUUAAAUGAAAGAGAUAUACAUAAAUUGGUCAUAUACUUAAACAAAACUAUUAAGUCGUGAAUAAGGAUUUACAAUGACGCUUAACGUGGUUCUUUGUGUGGCGAACGUGCUGAUGGUGGUUGCGGUCGUCAUGGAGAUCCUGUGUAUCGGGUUGCCGUAUUGGGCGUGGUUAGAGCCUGGGGGUGGGGCAAGUAGGAUGUGGUACGGGCUUUGGGAGAUCUGCGCAAGCGUCAACAACGACGUAUACGUGUGUAGAACGUACAACGCAGCCUCUUUGACGCAUGAGGACUGGCUGGUGGCGGUCGGAGCGCUCGAGAUCCUUGCGUUGAUCGUGAUGGCAGUGGCCCUGGUGUGCGGGUUGCUCGCCCACUGCUGCCUCCCUUACAGCCCCCUGCUCUUCAUAAUCGCGUUCGCCCUCGCACUGUUCGGCGCCGCCGUUGACCUGAUAGCGGUGAUCGUGUACGGGGCAGAGUUUGGUUCCGGGAACGCCCUGGACGGCAGCAAUCUACACGCCAGCUUCUAUCUGGCACUGUUCGCUGUCGUGGUGGCCCUCGUGGCGGCCAUUCUGUACGUCGUUUCCAAACCCGCCCGCACCAUGAAACGUUUACGUUGAGCGACGGUAUCGGACUAAUUUAAUGGUUGUUACCGCAUCCACACAAAUGUUACACAUACCAGCUGCUUUCUUAACGCUGAAUUAUUGCUUAUAGUGGCAUAGUAAAAAUUAACUCUGUUGCAGUCAAAAUUAUACACACUUUAGAACACAAUGCGAAAAAAAAAACACAUAAACUCUCUGAAGAUACAAUUGAUUACUGGUAUUUUAGAUAGAAAUUGCGGAAUGUAGAUAACAUUCAAAUGCAUCGCAUGAGUAUUUGCGCUUGAUUAACGUAUGGUUCUUUUUUACUUGCAUUUCAAACAAUGUGGGUGUUUUAAAUAAAGUAUGUGGUUCCCGCACGUACCUGUGUAUCCGCUUUUCUCCAGCGCGUACUGGAUGUUGGAUAUUUGCUCGAGAAGACGAUGUGCGCCAGAUGAGUGGGGUCCACCGCCACAUCCCCUGUCCGGAUGUCGAUAGGCGACUGCUUCACACCACCUCAGUGCGAAUAGUCCAUAUGCCAAUGGUCUGGACCUACAGACAUAAACACACACGUACAGGCGGUCAACAUCUGACGUGCACAUUACAUAGCAUGCACGUGUGUGGUAUCGAAAAAUAAUGUUGCAAUGGAGUUAAUAUUGAAAGACGAAUGACAAUGUGAUAUAUUCGUGUAGUUGUGUGUUUAAAGUGUUCCCGCGUUAUUAUUUCUUGUAUUAAAAACUUUUCCCUCGAAACUCUCUGUAUGUCCAUACAUUUCAUACAAAAUAAUUAUAAUAUUCAUGCUUAUGAAAUAUUCUAGCAGUAUCGUAAUCAUUGGAACUGUUUGGAUGUUUUUAUUUUGAAAGGUGUAUGUAAUGCACUGCUUCGCACAAGCUUGCUUCGGGUCCCCCCCCCCCCCACAACAAACGCAUAUCGAUGCCGUAUAUAAUAAAUGAUGUUAUAACGAU